AUGGUCAAUCAAAGUGCGACACCUGCUAUUGAGGCAGUUAAUCAUGGCCAGAUAGACAUUGAACAGGGCCCUCGAUCAAGAUUCUCGAAUGUCAAGUCUUUCUACUCACACCCAUGGACUCAAAUCGUGCUCAUCAGUCUCAUUUGUUUCUGCUGCCCAGGGAUGUACAACGCACUGGGCGGCUUAGGGGGCAGCGGCCAGGUUGACCCUACCGUCGCCGCGAAUGCAACAGUUGGGCUUUUGUCCGCAACCGCGGCAACCGCAUUGCUCAUUGUGUCCCCAUUAUUCACGUACACCGGCCCGCGAAUCUGCUUCAUGCUUGGAGGAUGGACGUACGCCCUUUACAGCGGUAGCCUCCUCAACUUCAAUCAUCAUGACAAUGGAGCCUUUGUCAUUGCAUCUGGCGUCAUACUCGGUAUUGGUGCUUCCAUGCUCUGGGUUGUUCAGGGCGCAAUCAUGACGACUUAUGUGGCUGAGUCACAGAAAGGUCGAGCAAUCGCGGUUUUCUGGAUCAUCUUCAACCUCGGAGGCGGCGUUGGCAGCUUGGCUUCCUUCGGUCUCAACUUCAGAAGCAAGUCUGGCACGGUCACUGACUCGACAUAUAUCGCCUUGAUGAUUAUGAUGCUAAUUGGUUGGGGCCUCGGUCUCCUCAUCUGCUCACCGAAGCGGAUCCGGCUCGCCCAGCUUCAUGCCGCUGUUGAACAGGAAAAACAUUCUUUACGAGGGACGGUUGAGAUCGUGGUUCGCACCAUGGCCAGUUGGCGUGUGGCCUGCAUGCUACCCCUAUUCUUCUGCGCCAAUGUGUUCUACUCCUACCAGCAGAACAACGUCAACGGAAUGACAUUCAAUAUUCGCUCUCGGUCCCUUAACGGCGCGCUAUACUGGAUCGCACAGAUGCUAGGGGGCUUGUUCAUUGGUCUCGUUUUAGACCUGCCUUUCUUGGCUCGUCCAAUGCGCGCUCGAGUGGGAUGGGUCAUUCUUUUCGUCACCGGAAUGUCAAUAUGGGGCGGCGGAUAUGCGUUCCAGAAGUGGCAAGACCGUCGACUGGCUGCCGGCUUGAAGCAAGAUGUCGACUACACACAGGGCUCGAUCUCGACUGGACCCAUCUUCUUGUAUAUUUUCUAUGGCAUGUACGACGCGUUGUGGCAGGGAUACUGCUAUUGGCUGAUCGGUACGGAGUCCAACUCGACGUCAAGGGCGGCAGUACUGGUUGGCUCCUACAAAACUUUCCAAGCAACGGGUGGCGCGAUGGCGUGGAGAAUCAAUGCUUUGCAUAAAAGUCCUAUGAGUCAACUGGGAAUGAACUGGGGUCUCUCAAUGGGCGCUCUAGCUAUUGUAAUUCCCACGGUCUGGACCGUGACGACAGUGACCGUGGAGAAACCAGUCCGGAAUCCUGAGCUGGAGAUGAAAAUUCGCGAGGUGGAGCAACUCGAAGAGGACAGGAAAUAA